GUGUUAGUAGAUUGUUAACAUAUAAAUUGAUUGAGUAUAUCGAAGGUUUGGAUGGUAUUAAUGAUAACUCAACUGAGCAUGAAGUUCAACAAAGAAUUAAAUUAUAUUUAUUAUGGUUAUGUGGUGGAUCAAUAUUUCCGGAUAAAUCUAAUAAUAAGAUUAAUUUGGACAUUCUGAUUGACAUGAGAAAUUUAGAUUUAAUGUCAACUCAAGCAUAGGGAUCAGCCGCAUUAUCAUAUUUGUAUAAUUGUUUAUGCCGUGCGUCAAUGAAAAAAUCAAAUGAAGUUUGUGGAUUUCUCUCUUUAGUGCAGAUUUGGGCAUGGGAAAGAAUUAUUCCCCUGCAACCAUUGCCAAAGCCUCUAAGAACCAAUCAACUUGAGGCUUCAACUGUGCUUGCACGUAAAUGGACGCGACGUAGAAAUCAUCAAAAUGAGGCACGAACUGUAAUCGAUGUGAUUAGGGAUGUACUAGAUAAUCUUACUGAUGAACAGUUUAUUUGGCAGCCUUAUUCGGAAGAUGUUAUUAAUGGAUUGCUGACUGGUGUCGGUCAGGACAACGUGUCUGGAUAGCACAGGUGCCACUGAUUUAUGGAAUUUAUCGUGAGUGGCACAUGGUUGAUCGUGUUGUGAG